AGGAGUACGUGAAGGAAACGGAGGAGGUUAUCGACAAGGUAAGGAACACCAUAACCCUCGAGAAGACCGACCCCAAUGUCGCCGCCGCUGUGGCGGAGCUCCGGGAGACGUCCAACGCUUGGGUGGCCAAGUACCGGCGGGAGAAAGCUCUGCUGGGCCGGGCCUCGUUCAGAGACAUGUACUCGGCUAUAAAUGCUGUUUCCGGGCACUACAUUAGCUUCGGCCCAACCGCUCCAAUCCCGCCUAAGAGGAAGCAGAGGAUCUUGGAGGAGAUGGAGACUGCAGAGAAGGCUCUGUUGAGGGGAAGGUGA